UGCUUUAAACAACUCUAUCCGGACGCUCCCACCCUUAACAGCCGAGCCCGAGAAGCGAGAAGGCGCUUGCUUGCUUGCUUGUCCUCGCGAGCGAGCUCGGUCGUUCCUACCCACCCCGUCGUCGCCUUCCCCGGCUAACCUGCCGAUCCUCCGUGCGCGUCACAGCUCCGCUCCCUAAUCUCCCGGCCUAUAACAUCAUCCAGUAACGACCGACCCGCCAUGGCAAGGUUCCACCUCUACGUCGCCGCGGCCUGCGCCGUCGUGCUCGCGCUCGCCGCCCCGACCCUCGCCGGCGACCCCGACAUGCUCCAGGACGUCUGCGUCGCGGACCUCGAAUCCCCGAUCAAGCUGAACGGGUUCCCGUGCAAGGCGAACAUCUCGGCGGACGACUUCUUCUUCGACGGUCUGAGGAACCCCGGCAACACCAACAACCCGGCGGGGUCCCUGGUGACGGCGGCCAACGUGGCGAGCUUCCCGGGCGUGAACACGCUGGGCGUCUCCAUGGCGCGCAUCGACUACGCCCCGGGCGGCCAGAACCCGCCGCACACCCACCCACGCGCCACCGAGAUCAUCUUCGUCCUCGAGGGCACGCUCGAGGUCGGCUUCAUCACCACCGCCAACAAGCUCUUCACCAAGACCGUCACCAAGGGGGACGUCUUCGUCUUCCCCAGGGGGCUCGUGCACUUCCAGCAGAACAGGGGGUACGGCCCUGCCGCCGUCAUCGCCGCCUUCAACAGCCAGCUCCAGGGCACGCAGGCCAUCGCCAUGACGCUCUUCGGCGCCACGCCGCCGGUGUCCACCGACAUCCUGGCCAAGGCCUUCCGGAUCGGCAACGGGGAAGUCAACGCCAUCAAGGCCAAGUUCGCGCCCAAGUAGAAGGAAGCCUUUGGCAGUCUGCAUUCGUUGAUUUUUGAAUAAAUCGCGCAUGUCGUUUGCAGGAUAUGUAUCGUGAACGCUAGUGAUUGCUGCGUGCGGUUGAAUUUGUUCGUCUUCGGUUUCAGGGAUUGCUGACCACGCUUGUCGUUGUUAAUUUAAUUUGUGUGACACCAAUAAGAUCAUCACUUCUAUAGUUUUGUUAGAGUUAAUUGGUUUUUCAGCCAGAUUAUGAUCGGAAUAGUGCUUAA